AGGGUUUAUUUGAAGGGAAACAAAAUAAAACUGUAAAGUUAGAAUGUAAAUGAUACAAUAUAACAACUGAUUAAGUAUAGUUAUUUCUAAACACAAGAAAGUUAUUGGGUAAACUGUUAUACAAUAGUUGUAUCAAAAAUAUAUGAAUUAUUUACAAUAUUUGGUUACCACUUUAACAACAUCAUCAAAACGUUUCCAGUUGUAAAUUACUUACAAAUUCAUAUUUUAAAAUAUUUUAUUGUUGUUUAGCGGGUAUCGUAUUUGUUUGUUUUAUGUGUGAUAAGUUUUGCUAAAAAAUUUUAAAUUCUUUAAUCUUUGAUCAGGUUGAAUAUAACUAAAAAGAAUGUUAAGAAAUAUCAUGGAGUUUUGAUAUACCAUCGGACUAAAUAAAAAUUUUUUCUUUGUUUACAUUUGCGAUGGAAACCGAGAACACAAAUAUCAUAGAAGAUAUAAUGCAAAAGAAUGUCAAUAUUUUACAAACACCUAAUGAACAAUUAACAAAAAAUGAAACAAUGAUAAAUGAAUCUAUUUUAAAUUGUUUAAAUAAGGAUAAUUCUAUAUUUCAAAUGUUAUGUAAAUGUAUUGCAUUUAGUAGAAUGAUUUAUGAAAUAGAUGAUUGGCAUCAUGCUCAAUAUCAAUGUUGUUUUGGUUAUUUUUAUAUUAAUUGGAAAGGUGAAAAAUAUGCUUUACAAGCUGAAAGCCAUGCAGAAAACUCCAUGAAAUUAAUAUCAUUAUAUUUAAAUUCUACUAGUCAGCAAAUGAAUCAACAGAAUUCUGAUGAUCAUGCUAAUUUACUUAUUCUUUGUAUAGUUUUACUGAAUUAUUAUACAUUAGCAAAAUCAAAAAUAAUUUUAAAAAAGACAAAAGAUGCGUUCAGUUCAAUCAGACAAGCUGAAAAGGCAUUAAAUAAAGUUGAACAGCUGAUUGAUUCAAUUGAAAAAUCUAAAAAUAGUUUAGAAAAUAUUGAUAAUUAUGAAGAUAAUUCCAAACAAUUUGAUAGAUAUUUAGAAAAUUAUUAUCAACAAUGGAAUCAUUGUACUUUAAUAAGAUUAGAUAAAAAAUUUUAUCCAAAUUUGCAAAAUUUAAAAGUUUGCAUUUAUUGUUUGUAUGGAAAAAUUGCAUUUGAAUGUGAGAAAUAUGUUGUAUCUUUUGAUCAAUAUAUGCAAGCAUUGAAAUUCAUAGAGAAGACAUAUGGUCCAGAGAGUAAAGAAAUGAUAUCAGUUUAUCACGCACUUGCUCAUAUUGAAUAUCAAAGUAGUGAGGAUGAUAUGGAAAAAUCUAUAGACUAUUUUAAAAAAGCCUAUGAAAUUUCUAACAAAAUUUACUACAAAGAAGACAGUUUCAGUUCCAUGGUUGACCUUAUUCGUUCAGUUUAUCUAUUGUGUACAGUUUACAUGAAACUCAAUUUAAAUUUGGAUGAUACUGAACAUCUCCUUGGUGAAAUGUUACAAAUGUUAAAUACUUAUAAUGAAAAAAACAAUCAAAACUCCAUUGAAUAUCAUGUUGAUAAUAAUUCAAAUGAAUCUGUCGAUCUAAUGAGAAUAAAAACUAGUUCACUAGAUAACGAUAAUCAUCAUAUCAAAUGUCUAACAGAUCAAUGUUUGAAUUCGAUUUAUGAAUACUCUGAUGAAUAUUUUGUAAAUUUAAUUUGUUCAUUACGUUCACUAUUAAUAAAAAUUUAUAUAAAAUCAAGUCGUUUCCAAUACUUUGAUGUAAAUUACUUCAUGGAUUUUUGGACGAUGUUUAUUGCGUAUUCAUUACUUAAAACACUUACUCCAUCCCAUGUGAAACAGAAGUGAAUGUAAGUACAAACAAUUAAUCGAUAAUUGUGACUUGACCUUGUUAAAAAGUAUAAAUACUAAACUAGAAUAUAAUUUUGCAAUUUAAUUUAUCAUGAAAAAUAGUUAACUGUUUUUAUUUUCUUUACGAUCGAGAUGAACCAUCUGGAUUAAGCGAAUUUUUCUUGGUAUUUAAAUGAUUAUUAUCAUUGUUAUGACUUUAUGUCCGGCUUUUUAUCACGUGAUUUAUCCACCAAUCAAAAUACAACUUAUACAAUCUUAGCACUGUGCCAAACCAAUGACGUUCGACCAGUAUGAGCAGCCUAGCGUCCUUAUUGGUCCUAUGUUCGCCUAGCCCGUCCACUUGAGUCCAGAACACUAAUACAGCUCCCACUAUGUGAACCGAAUCUAAUCGAAUCACUUGUUUCAGACAUACUGUGUUUAUAUAUCAAACAAACAGGCCGCAACGCACCAUAAAAUAGGAAAUAACAUUUGUACACAAUAAAGCCAAAAAGUGACUGUGAACGUGAGAGUCAGUAGUCAAUAAACUGAACAUAGCUUAAGAACAGUAAAUCGUACAAUAAUAAUAUAUAGGUCACAAUAAAGCUUAUAACAAGGGGAAUAUAGAUAUACAUAAUCUAGUUACCGAACAUUUAUACCAUGAGAAUAUAUAAAUAAUAUUAGUCCAUUAAUAGGUCUUAGACGUGACUCGUAAUGUAAUCUUCACUAGGAUAUAACAACUAUUAUUAUUACUAUUAUUAUGUAACUACUACUUUUAUUGAUGUAAAAAGAAAUCCAAUUUUAUUUUUGAAUUAAUAUUUCAGUUAUGUAAUUUUAGGAAGCCUUAAAAUUAUUAGAAGAAAAUUUAAAUAUUCAAGAAGACACAUUUGGAAUGUACAAUGCACAAGUAAUAAAGACAUAUAAACUAAUCUUGUCAAUAAACAUGGUUCAAGAAAAUUUCGCUGAAGCAUUUAAUCAAGCUGAAAUGUGCCUUGAUCUUGAACAAUUCACAUUCGGUGCUAAUUCCAAACAAGCAAAAAGAACUAAAGAUAUUUUGAAUGCAUUAUCAAGUUACAAGAAAACUGGAAAUAAAAUCAAUUAAAUUCAAUCAAACUGAUAUAUCUGCAAAUGAGUAAUUAUUUCUCAAUAGUAAACUUAUCUCUGAAGAAGUGGCCUACACUAAGUCACGAAACAUCAGAAAAUCUAAUUUUUCUACUCAUUGGGAUAUUACAAAUAGAUUAAUAUAUUUAUAACUAUCUACUCAAUGCUUAAUUUAUUCGAAAUUAUCAAGUCAAACCUUGGUAUUGAUACCUGUCUGUAUAUCUGUUUCUUAUCCUAUAUAUAUAAAAUAGUUAAAAGAAUUCAUUAAAUUCUGUGAUAAUACCA